AUGGGCGAAUCCAGACAGGAACUCAUUGCAUGGCUGAACAGCCUCCUCCAGCUCAACAUCACAAAGGUUGAGCAGUGCGGUACUGGCGCCGCGCUCUGCCAGGUCUUUGACAGCAUCUUCCUCGAUGUUCCCAUGUCCCGCGUCAAGUUCAACGUCAACACCGAAUAUGCCUACAUUACAAACUUCAAGGUGCUGCAGAACACCUUUGCCAAGCACAAGGUCGACAAGCCUAUCCACGUCGAGUCCCUAGUCAAGUGCAAGAUGCAGGACAACCUUGAGUUCCUGCAGUGGGCCAAGCGAUACUGGGAUCAGAACUACCCCGGAGGCGACUAUGAUGCGGUUUCGAGACGAAAGGGCGGUGCCAUGCCUGCCACUGGAACUGGUCCUAGAGUGGCCAGCAGUGCGGCAACUCGCAGAACUGGAGGAGGUACCACGCCGUCCACCGGCCCGCGACUUGGAUCUGCUGCUGGCGGCGCCGCUUCUGCCGCUCUGCGACAAGAGAACAACACACUGAAGGAGACCGUUGUCGGCCUUGAGCGUGAGCGCGACUUCUACUUCAGCAAGCUCAGAGACAUAGAGUUACUCGUCCAGCAGGCUGUGGAGGAGGACCCCGAGCUGGAGAAGCAAGAAGAUGGUCUCGUCAAGGCUAUCCAGGCAAUCCUCUACUCUACCGAAGAAGGAUUCGAGAUUCCCGCCGAGGGCGAGGGCUUGGAUGAUCAGGAGACAUUUUGA